AGUUAUUGAAACUUUAAGCAUUAGAUUAUUUCUGGGCAAAUUGUUCUGUAAAUCUGGAUGUUUUAGGAAAAUCGGAGCCUAGUGAGUGAUGUGAAAUGGACUUUGGGGAUCCAAAUGAGGCCUUUGGAGCUCCCGAGGUAAUAAAACAAUCUUGGCAUUUUGUAAGAACGCCCCGGAAAGUGUGGAGAUGCAUCUCGUGCCACCUUCACAGCUGCAAUUCGGCGAGUGUAGCUGCUGCUGCCUGUUGAGGUUCAAAUGGCUGCAGAAGAGAAAUGGAAAGGUUGGACUUCAAAACAGCAUAGUGAGGCUGAACAGGCAGGUGAAACGGAACCGUGUGUGCUUCUGAGCCGGCGGCUGGGUGAACCGGGAAGAUUUGCUUAUGCAGCACUUUGUGGGAUAUCCCUAGCGGGGCUGUUCCCUGAAAAAGAGCAAAGCUCCUUCAGGACAGAAUUCAUUGAGGGCUUUGUGAAAUGGCUGGACCUGCCCGAUGCUGUUUUACCUGCCAUGACAGCAUUUGCUAGUGGCUUAGGAGGUGAGGGCACAGAAACUUUUGCCCAGAUUUUGCUGAAGGAUCCCAUCUUGAAAGAAAAUCCAGUUGUCAUUAUUCAAGACCUUCUAUCCUUCUCUCUUAGAGAUGGAUACUAUGAUGCUCGAGUGAGGGUGUUGAUCUGCCACGUCAGCUGGCUGCUGAGAAUCCCCUUGGAGGAGCUGGAAGUCCUGGAGGAAUCUCUGCUUGAGAGCCUGAAGGAACAAAAAGAAGAAGAGUCAGAAACUGCAGAAGUAUCAAGAAAAAAGAAGGAAAGAAGAAAAAAGCUAAAGAGAUACCUGCUGAUCGGUUUGGCAACUGUUGGGGGUGGAACAGUGAUCGGCUUGACAGGGGGUCUUGCUGCCCCUCUGGUUGCUGCGGGAGCUGCUACUAUCAUCGGAAGUGCUGGAGCAGCUGCUUUAGGUUCAACUGCUGGAAUUGCUGUCAUGGCAUCCCUUUUUGGAGCAGCUGGAGCUGGCCUUACUGGAUACAAGAUGAAGAAACGUGUGGGAGCCAUAGAAGAGUUUGAAUUCCUCCCACUCACUGAAGGAAAGCAGCUUCAUAUCACCAUAGCAAUUACUGGAUGGCUGUGCGCUGGCAAGUAUGGGAGCUUCACAGCACCAUGGAGCAGCAUGUUGCAAUCGAGUGAGCAGUAUUGUCUGGCCUGGGAAUCCAAGUACUUGAUGGAGCUUGGCAACGCCUUAGAUUCCCUGCUGAAUGGUUUUGUGAACAUGAUGGCUCAAGAAGCCCUAAAAUUCACUGUCUUGUCAGGUAUUGUGACGGCCUUGACUUGGCCAACUUCACUCCUGACUGUUGCCAGUGUCAUUGACAACCCCUGGGGAGUGUGUCUCCAUCGGUCUGCUGAAGUAGGCAAACACCUAGCACAUAUCCUGCUCAGUCGACAGCAGGGCAAGCGACCUGUCACACUGAUUGGCUUCAGUCUGGGUGCAAGGGUCAUUUACUUCUGCCUGCAGGAAAUGGCUCAAGAAAAAGACUCUCAGGGGAUCAUUGAAGAUGUGGUCUUACUGGGAGCUCCAGUGGAAGGAGAAGCCAAGUACUGGAGAGCUAUCACAAAAGUGGUGUCGGGCAGGAUCAUAAAUGGUUAUUGCAGGGGGGACUGGCUGCUGGGGUUUGUAUACAGAACCUCUUCUGUCCAGAUCAAUGUUGCAGGCCUCCAGCCAGUCGACUUGGAUGACAGGAGGAUGGUAAACAUGGACCUUUCAUCUGUAGUAAACGGCCACCUGGACUACAUGAAGCAAAUGGACACGAUCCUAAAAGCCGUGGGCAUUAAAACCAAGGAGUGCCGGCUGGAAGAGAAGGGCAGCAGCAGUCUUUUCUCCCCUCCAGCCAAGAAAUCCCAGCGGGCAGCAGGCAGCGAGACUCGGGCAGAGGAAGGCACCGUGCGAGGGGAGGAUGUGGCUCUGCCAGCCGGCCACGCUCGCCGCCAUGGUGACCCCAGCUCGGGAGGAACCUCGCUCCCCUGCCCGGCCGGUUCAGACAGCGGGCACGGCCAGGCCGCGGGCGAGGGAGGGAAUUAGAGCUCCUCUUGUUGCACGGAAAUGCUCAGCCGGCGCUAAAACCGCUUUCAAAGCACCGUCCGUUGCGCUGGGGUUCCCGGAGGAGUAUCGCCGGAGCUGGAGCUGCAGUUUUCAGACCCUCCCGAGAGCCUGGAGCGUGGCACCGGCGUGUGGCUGGAUCAAAGCGUUCAGAGCAGCCGCCCACGGCAUCUCCCACGGAGGAGAAAGGGCUGAUUCCUGCCUGAUUCAGCACUGCUCCUCAGGAAACGGCGGCACUUCCCUCCUUGCACAAACUGGGUUUAUUCCGGAGGGAAGCAGCUGUCACCAUUAGGGACUGCGUCUCUGCUGUAUAACUCUUGGGAAAGCAGGUGGCUCCGUGGGUAUUUCUAAGCGUGUCGUGGAGAGGGGCUCGUCACUAGGAAAUUAAAAACGUUCUUCCGCCGGUGGUCGGGUUGGUUUUUGGGUUCCAGGUGAGCCGCAGGCUCUGGCUGCCCAGCUCCGCAGGUCUCGGCGUCCGCGCUUCGGCUCUGCUCAUCGGGGAGGCGAGAGGCUCCCCGCUGCUGCAGGUUUGCUGCCAGGGCUUGGGCACCUCCCGGUCGCCGAGACCCUUCCCCUGUCUGCGGGCUGAGGGCGAUGAGUGUUUGAGGCCACAUUGCUAUUAGAAACCCGCUUUGAGUCCCUAGGUGAAAGACAGCAGAAGAAACAGAGUGGGCUUUUUAUGAUUUAUUACUUAGUGAAACUUCCUCUCAGGCUUUGCAAGCCAGCAACCCACAGAGGCUUUCGUUUUGUGUCCCACACACAUCUCUAGCCUUAAAAGCCCCCUCUAGACAUAUUUUUAAUCGGCUUAGAAUAAAACCAAUACUUGGCAUAGGAUAAA